AUGCCGUCCAUCAGACGACAACUUUCCAUCAAUAAGGGUCGUGAUUCUAUUGGUAGUAUUUCGACUCUGAGUUUUCAAUUGCCGGCAACACCAGAUGCGAUUCAACGUCAGAUUCGUGGACAUCUUAUACUUAUCCUCGAAGUUAUUACCCUCAUUAUUAUUCUGGCUGUGGUGUACGGCAUUCCGACUAUGCUGAUCCGCCUGUACAAGUUCAACGGCACUGUCUACAACGAUGCUCUGAACUACACGGAGUCAUUCGAAGACAAAUUCUGGAUGAUUCACGAGUUUCCCACCGCCAUCGACGAGAUGUUCACCAUGCUCAAUCGGUCGAUCACACGCAUACUUAAUGAGACCGCCAGAAUGGACAUACUGAAUGACGAAAGUGAGUACUAUCAGGGCUUUCUGUUAUAUAGAGAAAAGUAA